UCGUCUAAAGACGUGUUUAGACAGCGUUAUUUUUACAACGGUCAGUACUACAAGGGUAAUGGGCCAGCUAUUUUAUUCCUUGGUGGAGAGGGACCAGAAAAUGGUGGAUGGAUUUUUGACGAAGGAUGCCCACAUAUGAAAUGGGCCAAUGAUUCAUCUGCAGCGCUUUUUGCCUUAGAACACCGAUUUUAUGGCAAAAGUCGACCAUUCGAAAAACAAACAACUGAAAAUCUGAAGUACCUUAGCAGCAGACAAGCCAUAGAGGAUAUUGCCGAAUUUAUAAAAGCCAUGGAUAAGAAAUACAGCAUUAGUAACCACCGUUGGAUCGUUUACGGAGGCUCAUACUCAGCAUCGACG